AAAUCCCCGUAGAAGAGAGAGGAAGGUUCGGUGCAUGUCACCUACUGAGCCACAAAAUACCGAUUUCUCGGCGCAGUUCGGAGGCAGAUCUCCCUCCGCGGUGCAUCCUGAAGUCCUGCAACACAUCAGUCUGCGAGUCUACUAGCGCCAUUUGAAAGGUUUUUUUUGCUUUUCGGGAUUUGGACUGGACUUGUUUUGUUUUGGUGUGCGCAAUGAUGGCCACUUACCAAAACCCAGAGGAUGACGCAAUGACCUUAAUGAUCCACGACACCAACACGACCAAGGAGAAAGAGCGACCCAAAGAGGAGCCGGUCCAGGACAAAGUCCCGGAGAAGCCAGAUCCGACCCAGAAACCACCGUACUCGUAUGUGGCUCUCAUCGCCAUGGCCAUCCGGGAGAGCUCGGAGAAGCGGCUCACUCUGUCCGGUAUCUACCAGUAUAUCAUCACCAAGUUCCCCUUCUAUGAGAAAAACAAAAAGGGCUGGCAGAACAGCAUCAGACACAACCUGAGUCUCAACGAGUGCUUCAUUAAAGUCCCGCGGGAGGGCGGCGGCGAGAGGAAAGGGAAUUACUGGACACUGGACCCGGCCUGCGAGGACAUGUUCGAGAAGGGGAACUACCGGAGACGCCGCAGGAUGAAGCGGCCGUUUAGACCUCCACCGACUCACUUCCAGCCGGGGAAGUCCUUGUUCGGGGGGGACGGCUACGGCUACCUGUCCCCGCCCAAGUACUUGCAGUCUAGCUUCAUGAACAAUUCGUGGUCGCUCGGCCAGCCGCCCACCCCCAUGUCCUACACGUCCUGUCAGAUGGCCGGCGGGAACGUGAGUCCCGUGAACGUGAAGGGGCUGUCGGCCCCCUCCUCCUAUAACCCCUACUCCCGGGUGCAGAGCAUGGCGCUGCCCAGCAUGGUGAACUCUUACAACGGCAUGAGUCACCACCACCACCCCGCGCACCCCCACCAUGCCCAGCAGCUGAGCCCCGCCACGGCGGCACCGCCUCCGGUCUCCUCCGGUAACGGAGCGGGCCUCCAGUUCGCCUGCUCCCGCCAGCCCGCGGAGCUCUCCAUGAUGCACUGCUCUUACUGGGAACACGAGACCAAACACGCGGCGUUACACACGAGGAUUGAUAUUUAAAGUUUUAUCUAUAAUGGUCUGUG